UGCCGGCGUGGCGGCCAUAUUUACAUGGUGGCGUAUCCAAGAUGUCAGCUCGGCAACAGACGGCAUGAGAGGACACAGAGCGGGGAUGCUGGUUGUUUAACAGUGAAUUCAUUCAAAGGAGGGUCGAGCUGUGUAGGUUAUAGCUUAAUGACGAACACACACGCGCACUGGAGUAAAGUUUAGAAACUGGCGAAUUAAGAAUGUUUCGGCUCACGAAGGCGGUUGUCCAGAAACUUCGACAUGCUCGGUUUAAUUUCCAGCAGCAAGCAUGGAGGCCGAGGAGCUCAUCAGCGAGAGAAAAGGCUCUUGAAUACCAGCUGGGACAGAAAAUUCACGGAUUCACCGUCAGAGAGGUUGCGGCCGUCCCUGACCUGUGUCUCACAGCUGUGAAGUUAACCCACGAUAAAACUGGAGCUCAGUACCUGCAUGCAGCCCGUGAUGACUCCAACAACCUCUUCAGUGUCCAGUUUAGGACCACCCCCAUGGACAGCACAGGGGUCCCCCACAUCCUGGAGCACACAGUGCUGUGUGGAUCUGAAAGGUAUCCCUGCAGGGAUCCCUUCUUCAAGAUGCUCAACCGCUCCCUGUCCACCUUCAUGAAUGCCUUCACAGCCAGUGACUACACUAUGUAUCCGUUCUCCACCCAAAAUGGCAAAGACUUCCAGAAUCUUCUUAAAGUUUAUCUGGAUGCCGUUUUUUUCCCUUGCUUACGAGAACAAGAUUUCUGGCAGGAAGGCUGGAGGCUUGAGAACGAAGAUCCUACAGACCCCAGCUCCCCACUGGUCUUUAAAGGAGUGGUGUUCAAUGAGAUGAAAGGAGUCUUUUCGGACAACGAGUAUCUGUACGCGCAGCACCUUCAAAACAAGCUUUAUCCUGACCACACCUACUCUGUGGUGUCGGGGGGAGCACCGCUGGCCAUUCCAGACCUGACCUGGGAGCAGCUGAAGCAGUUUCACGCCACACACUACCAUCCCAGUAACGCUAGGUUCUUCACCUAUGGAGAUUUGCCGCUGGAAAAUCACCUGAAGCAGAUUCAAGAGGAGGCUCUUUGCAAGUUUGAUCGCAUCAAUCCGAACACAGAAGUCCCAUCUCAGCCUCACUGGAGCAGUCCAAGAGAAGACCAUGUGACCUGCAGCCCUGAUGCUCUGGCUCCAGAUCCGACCAAGCAGAACACGCUCUGCAUGAGCUACCUGCUGGGAGACAUCACAAAUGCCUUCGAAGGAUUCACUCUGAGCCUGCUGUCCUCACUUAUGGUCUCUGGACCCAACUCGCCCUUCUACAAAUCUCUCAUAGAACCCAAGAUAGGAAGUGACUUCUCCUCUGUUGUUGGAUACGACGGGAGCACCAAGGAGGCGUCUUUCAGCAUCGGCCUGCAGGGGAUGGCUGAGCAGGACACAGAGAGGGUCAAACAAAUCAUCAACCAAACUAUUGAUGAGAUCAUAGAGAACGGCUUUGAAAAUGAGAGGAUUGAGGCUCUUCUUCAUAAGAUUGAGAUCCAGAUUAAACAUCAAUCCACAAACUUCGGCCUUUCUCUGGCCUCAUAUAUAGCUUCAUCCUGGAACCAUGAUGGAGACCCCGUAGAGCUGCUCCGCAUCAGCAGCAAUGUUGCAAAGUUCAGACAGGCUCUGAAAGAAAACCCCCGCUUCCUUCAGGACAAAGUCAGACACUACUUUAAGGAGAACACUCAUCGAUUGACCCUGAGGAUGAGUCCUGACGAGGCGUACCUGGAAAAGCAAGCCCAGGCUGAGGCGGAGAAGCUUCGGGACAAGAUCUCUGCUCUGACCGACAGCGAUAGAAAGGAGAUUUAUGAGAAAUGUCUGAAGCUGCUGGAAACUCAGAGUAAAACUCAGGAUGCCUCGUGUCUACCUGCUCUCCAAGUGUCCGACAUCCAGCCAACGAUACCCAUCACUGCGGUUCAGAUGAGCACAGCAGCAUAUGUUCCGGUUCAGUACUGUGAGCAGCCCACCAAUGGUUUGGUGUACUUCAGAGCCAUGUGCAGUCUUAACACCCUACCGGAGGACCUGAGGGUCUAUGUGCCGCUCUUCUGCAGCAUCAUCACCAAGAUGGGCUGUGGAGCUCUGGAUUACAGGCAGCAAGCCCAGCAGAUGGAGCUGAGGACGGGAGGGAUGUCUGUUUCCACGCAGGUCAUCCCUGACUCCACCCAGAUGGACACGUUUGAGCAGGGGGUCCUCCUGUUCUCUUCCUGCCUGGAAACGAACCUUCCUCACAUGUUUCAGCUGUGGAGCGACAUAUUCAACAGCCCUCAUUUCGACAACGAAGAGCGCCUCCGAGUGCUGGUGAUGAUGGCGGCGCAGGAGUUGGCGAACGGAAUAUCGUCCUCCGGUCACAUGUACGCCAUGACCAGAGCAGGCCGGCACCUGACGCUGGCUGGAGAACUGCAGGAGACCUUUGGUGGGAUGGAGCAGGUGAAGUUUAUGAAGAGGAUAGCCGAGAUGCCAGAUCUCAGUCAAGUCAUCCGAACUUUACCCAGAAUAAAGAAACACAUUCUGAACCCCGAGAACAUGAGGUGUGCCAUCAAUGCGACGCCGCAGAAAAUAUCUGACUCAGCCACACAGUUGGAGAGUUUUAUUAAAGAUAUCGCUGCAAACAGAAAAGAACGCAAACCUGUCAGAGCAAAUAUUGUUAAGAAACCGCUGGACCCUCUGAACGAUUCUGGUCCAAGUAGGAAACUGAUAGCGGAGCCAAGUUUCCAGCCAUGUCUGAUGAAAACGUUCUUCCAGAUGCCCUUCCACGUUAAUUUUGUCAGUGAGAGCGUUCGUACCGUCCCAUUCUGCCACCAGGAUUAUGCCAGUUUGUGCAUCUUGGCAAGAAUGAUGACGGCCAAAUUUCUUCACGGAGAAAUUCGGGAGAAGGGCGGAGCCUAUGGAGGCGGAGCCAGAAUGGGAGGAAGUGGCGUGUUCUGCUUUUACUCCUACAGGGAUCCAAACUCGGUGCAGACGUUGUCUGCGUUUCGGAAAGGUGCCGACUGGGCAAAAUCUGGGCAGUUCUCUCAGCAGGACAUCGAUGAAGCCAAGCUCUCCGUGUUCUCGGCUGUGGAUUCGCCUGUGGCUCCGGCAGACAAAGGAGUGAGUCGUUUUCUCAGUGGGAUCACGGAUGAGAUGAAGCAGAGUUACAGAGAAAGGCUCUUUGCUGUGGAUCAUAAAAGCCUGGUGGAUGUGGCCGAGAGGUACCUCGGCGUCGGUCAGAGCACUUGUGGAUUUGCCAUCCUGGGUCCAGAGAACGAUGCAAUCAAGAAGGAUCCAACGUGGAUAUUAAAAUAACGCACUUCUUAUAACUGGAAACGUGGCUUGAAAGGACUUUAUACAGAAAACAAAACAAAGUUGUUGUUUUUUUGUUUUUGUUUUUUUUUAAACUUGCUGGCAAGAAGCUGAAGCGCACAACAUCAAGAUAAGAAAAUUGACUCAUUUUCAACAUGCAAUAGAAACCUUUUGUCUGUUCCAUUAUGUGCAUUUUUAUUGAAACUUGUUACAGUAUUACAUUCACUGCAAAGCUAGAUCUGUGUUGUCCUGUUAAAGUACAAUCACUAAACAUCCGUUCUCAUUAAACCGUGUCUUCUUUUAUGGAGAUCUAUUAUCAUGAAGGA